AUGCGUAGACGGAAAAACCGAGACACCUUUCUUGUGGAACAACAUGAUGGUACCUCCAAGGGAGCCGGGGUGAAAGAAAUAGGCAAGCGAGGUAAACCUGUGGGGAAAACAACACCAAAGGUACAAACAGCAACUGUGUGUUUGGUUGAGUAUGCAAAUAAAUAUGCGGACAAACUUCCCAAUUCAACCAAACUACAUUUACCAUCUUGCCUAACGAAAGACUCCAUAAACAACAUCAUGACAGAGGAAUUAGAGGAUAAAGAAGAGGAGAUAGUGUCUAAGAGCCACUUCUACUAUAGGCCUAUAUUGCGAACUUGCCUAAGUCAUAUUGCUAUUCCACCAACUUCCAGGUUCUCUAAAUGUAACACAUGCAGCAAGAUAAAAACUCAACUGGGUGAGACAAAAGAUAAGACCAAGUGUAAACAGCUGAUCAGCCUCAGACAGAAACAUCUUAUGAAUCAGAGCACUGAGAGAAGAAAAUACUACAAGCAUUCCAUGAAAGGGCGAACAGAACCAGGCAAAUACCUGUCAAUAAUUUUGGAUGGGAUGGAUCAAAAGAAAACUGAAUUACCACAUUAUUUAUACCUAAGUUCUUUUGUCUCCAAUCUAUGGGAACUGAAAACACAUUUGGUUGGUGUCAUAGUGCACGGAAUCGGUAACUACAGAUUUUUUGAUUAUUAUCAGUAUCCCCAUGGGAGCAACUUGACGAUUCACUGCCUUCUUUCAACUUUGUACAUGCAGAAAGACUCCUUACACAAUACCUUCAAAUGGAUAACUGUGCCAGAGAAAAUAAAAACAAGUGAAUUUUUAUUUUCAUUUAUUCACAUUUUCAGUAAAAUAUUUCUUCUAUAAGAAACUGUUAAUUCUUGGCUGAUAGAUGAGAUCUUAUGUGGUUUCACUUUUAUUAGUAUUUACCUUUGUAGCUCACCCGAGCCAAAGGCUCAGGGUGAGCUGUUGUGAUCACUCCAUCCGUUGUCCAUCCGUCCAUUGUUUAUCUGUCCACACUUUCCUUUAAACAACAUCUCAACCUAAACCAAUAGGCCAAUUUUAAUGACACUUCACAGGAAUGUACAUUUGAUGGUCUUCUUUUAGAAUUGUUUGAAGAAUUGAUUUCCAUACAGAACUCUGGUUGCCAUGGCAACCAAAAUGAAAAACUUUUAAAAUCUUCCAGUCCAAAACCACAGGCUAUAAAGCUUUUAUAUUUGGUAUAUAGCAUCUAGUGAUCCUCUACCAAGGUUGUUCAAAUUAUUCCCCUAUGGUCAAAUAUGGCCACACCCUGGGUGUUACAUGGUUUACAUCAACUUAAAUAGGGAAAAUUUUGUAAAUCUUCUUGUCCAAAACCACAAGGCAUAGAGCCUAAAUGUAUGGCAUGUGACAUCAUCUAAUAGGCAUCUUUAAAGAUUGUCCUCAUUAUGCCCCUGGUGUAUAAAAAGGCCCCGUCCCAGGGGUGCCAAUUUUUAAAUAGACUUAUAGGAAAAAACUUUUCAAGGCCUAUGCUUUUGAUAUUCAGUAUGUAACAUUGCCUGGUGGCUCUCUAGCAAGGCUGUUCAACUUAUGCCCCUGGGGUGGAAAGAGGCUCUGCAACAAGGGUGACAAAGUUUUUAUAAGGAAUAUAUUGGAAAAAGUUAUGUCAACAUAAUUCCUUGACUGUUUAAUUAUAAUCACCGUAUCAAGUAAUUACUGUAACCUUGACCUACUGAGUGACAAUAGCAGCUUUAUUUAUGAUUUGAUUUUACCAAACUUGCACAAACUUGUAUCACCAUAAGAUCUUGGUUCCUUUUUGGAACUGGCCAGAUUCCAUUAUGGGUCCAAGAGUUAUGGCUCCUGAAAGUUCCAAAAUUAGCUAUUUUGACCUUGUCUGCACAAUAGCAGCUUUAUAUAUGAUUUAAUUUUUACCAAACUUGCACACAACUUGUAUCACCAUAAGAUCUUGGUUCCUUUCUGGAACUGGCAAGAUUUCAUUAUGGGUUCCAGAGUUAUGGCCCCUGAAGGGGUCAAACUUAGCUAUUUUGACCUUGUCUGCACAAUAGCAGCUUCAUUUAUGAUUUGAUUUUAACCAAACUUGCACAAAACUUGUGUCACCAUAAGAUCUUGGUUCCUUUCUUAAACUGGCCAUAUCCCGUAAUGGGUUCCAGAGUUAUGGCCCCUGAUAGGGCCGGAAUUAGCUAUUUUGACCUUGUCUGCACAAUAGCAGCUUCAUUUAUGAUUUGAUUUUAACCAAACUUGCACACAAUUUGUAUCUCCAUCAGAUGUCGAUUCUUUUUUAUACGCCCUAAGGGAUGUUUUAUGUUAUCACCUCGGUGUCCAUCUGUCUGUCUGUGUGCUGGUUAGCAAUUUCCCUUCUGCUCUGUAACUCUUGAACCCCUUGAUGAAUUCCAGAGAAACCUGACACAAAUAUUCACUGAUUGAAAGGAUGUGCAGAACACAUGUUUUAGAUGGCUAAAUUCAAUGUCAAGGUCACACUUAGGGGUCAAAGGUCAUAUCACUUUGUUUUAUGUGAAUAUUGCUCUGCAUUUGCGUUGCAUUGCAAUGCUCUUGUUUUUAUUUGGCAGAGCCUUCAUUUGUUUGCUUACAAUAUUUUUUUUUAUUACUUCCCUUUUAUGUUACUAUAAAUAGCUUAUUUAGUAACUUUUUCAUUAUUGGCCGUAGGAAAAACUGAGACCACUUUUCUGUGGCACAACAUGGAUGGUACCUCCAAUUUCUAGGUGUAUUUUGACAUAUCUGUACCUUGUAAGAAUUUUUUCUUUUUGUUUUUGGCUAAAGCAAUUGUACUUAGAUGAGCGAUAUAGGGCCAUCAUGGCCCUCUUGUUUAAGAUACAGCCUUGAAAUUUGGAUGACAUGUACAGUUUUGCACACUGGUCUCAAAACUGACUUUCAGUGACCAUGCAUAUGACCUACUGACAUACUUUCUGGUUUUUUUUUGUUUUUUUAGCUCACCUGUCACAAAGUGACAAGGUGAGCUUUUGUGAUCGCGCGGUGUCCGUCGUCCGUCGUCCGUCCGUCAGUCCGUGCGUGCGUGCCUCCGUCCGUAAACUUUUGCUUGUGACCACUCUAGAGGUCACAUUUUUCAUGGGAUCUUUAUGGAAGUUGGUCAGAAUGUUCAUCUUGAUGAUAUCUAGGUCAAGUUCGAAACUGGGUCACGUGCCUUCAAAAACUAGGUCAGUAGGUCUAAAAAUAGAAAAACCUUGUGACCUCUCUAGAGGCCAUAUAUUUCACAAGAUCUUCAUAAAAAUUGGUCAGAAUGUUCACCUUGAUGAUAUCUAGGUCAAGUUCGAAACUGGGUCACGUGCCAUCAAAAACUAGGUCAGUAGGUCUAAAAAUAGAAAAACCUUGUGACCUCUCUAGAGGCCAUAUAUUACAUAAGAUCUUCAUGAAAAUUGGUCAGAACGUUCACCUUGAUGAUAUCUAGAUCAAGUUCGAAAGUGGGUCACAUGCCAUCAAAAACUAGGUCAGUAGGUCAAAUAAUAGAAAACCCUUGUGACCUCUCUAAAGGCCAUAUUUUUCAUGGGAUCUGUAUGAAAGUUGGUCUGAACGUUCAUCUUGAUGAUAUCUAGGUCAAGUUCGAAACUGGGUCACGUGCGGUCAAAAACUAGGUCAGUAGGUCUAAAAAUAGAAAAACCUUGCGACCUCUCUAGAGGCCAUAUAUUUCAUGAGAUCUUCAUGAAAAUUGGUCAGAAUGUUCACCUUGAUGAUAUCUAGGUCAGGUUCGAAAGAAGGUCACGUGCCUUCAAAAACUAGGUCAGUAGGUCAAAUAAUACAAAAACCUUGUGACCUCUCUAGAGGCCAUAUUUUUCAUGGGAUCUGUAUGAAAGUUGGUCUGAAUGUUCAUCUUGAUGAUAUCUAGGUCAAGUUUGAAAGUGGGUCAUGUGCCUUCAAAAACUAGGUCAGUAGGUCAAAUAAUAGAAAAACCUUGUGACCUCUCUAGAGGCCAUAUUUUCCAUGGGAUCUGUAUGAAAGUUGGUCUGAAUGUUCAUCUUGAUGAUAUCUAGGUCAAGUUCGAAACAGGGUCAUGUGCGGUCAAAAACUAGGUCAGUAGGUCUAAAAAUAGAAAAACCUUGUGACCUCUCUAGAGGCCAUAAUUUUGAAUGGGUCUCCAUAAAAAUUGGUCAGAAUGUUCAUAUUGAUGAUAUCUAGGUCAAUUUCGAAAGUGGGUCACGUGCCUUCAAAAAGUAGGUCAGUAGGUCAAAUAAUGAAAAAACGUUGUGACCUAUCUAGAGGCCAUAUUUUUCAUGGGAUCUGUAUGAAAGUUGGUCUGAAUGUUUAUUUUGAUGAUAUAUAGGUCAAGUUUGAAACUGGGUCAACUGCGAUCAAAAACUAGGUCAGUAGGUCUUGAAAUAGAAAAACCUUGUGACCUCUCUAGAGGCCAUACAUUUGAAUGGAACUUCAUGAAAAUUGGUCAGAAUGUUCACCUUGAUGAUAUCUAGGUAAAGUUCAAAACAGGGUCACGUACCUUCGAAAACUAGGUCAAUAGGUCAAAUAAUAGAAAAACCUUGUGACCUCUCUAGAGACCAUAUUUUUCAAUGGAUCUUCAUGAAAAUUGGUCAGAAUUUUUAUCUUGAUAAUAUCUAGGUCGAAUUCAAAACUGGGUCACAUGAGCUCAAAAACUAGGUCACUAUGUCAAAUAAUAGAAAAAGCGACGUCAUACUCAAAACUGGGUCAUGUGGAAAGAGGUGAGCGAUUCAGGACCGUCAUGGUCCUCUUGUUAAAGGUACAGCCUUGAAAUUUGAAUGACAUGUACAGUUUUGCACACAGAUCUUAAAACGAAUGUGACUUACUGACCUACUUUAUAUUUUAGUAUCAGCUUGCCAUUUGAAACAUGUGGCUCAUAUUACUCAGGUUAGCGAUUCAGGGUCAUCACAACCCUCUUGUUUAAGAUACUGCUUUGAAUUUGAAAUUUGGUUGACAUGUAUAGUUUUGCAUGCCGAUCUUUAAACAGACUUUCAGUGACCAUCAGUGUGACGUACUGACCUACUUUCUUGUUUUGUAAGCUACUGGUACAGUAUUUGGAUCACCUGUAAUUUUGUUUUUGCAGAUUUCAAAAGUAAUCUUGCAUAAUUGUUACCUUGACCCACACUCCUAAUAUUCUUGUUUUUAAAGCUUUAGCAAAGAAAUUAGUUCAAGCAAGAAUUUUACUCAGGUGCGCGAUAUAGUGCCUUCAUGGCCCUCUUGUUUAACAGAAGCAAAAAUCAAGACAUGAUUAACCUAAUGUUGUCAACAACACCUUAAUUGAUGUUAAUAAAAAUUUAAAAUUGUAAUAACAUAUAUAUUUUCUCCUAUAUUACAGAUACAUAUUGGGUUUCCCUUUUUUGCUGGUGGAAAAAGACAUUUUCAACAAGAGGCUCAUGAUGACCCUUAAUCGUUCACCUGAGUAAUAUGAGCCACAUGUUUCAAAUGGCAAACUGACGCUAAAAUAUUAGAAAGUAGGUCAGUAGGUCACAUUCAUGGUCACUGAAAGACAGUUUUAAGAUUGUUGUGCAAAACUGUACAUGUGAUCCAAAUUUCAAGGCUGUAUCUUAAACAAGAGGGCCAUGAAGGCCCUGUAUCGUUCACCUGACCUAUUGACCUAAAGAUCAUCAAGAUAGUUUCAUUAAGAUAUGGUCAUAAAUGUGGCCUCUAAAGUGUUAACUAACUUUUCCUUUGAUUUGACCUGAUGACCUAGUUUUUGAUCCCAUAUGAGCCAGAUUCGAACUUGACCUAAAGAUCAUCAAGACUAACAUUCUGACUAAGUUUCAUGAAGAUACAGUCAUAAAUGUGGCCUCUAGAGUGUAAACAAGCAUUU